AAGCCUACAGGAUAUCCCCGCCUUAAGCGAAUAAGAGGAUGCGCACAUCACGCCAUCAUUAUCUCCCACAUGCUGUAAAAGCCGGUAGUGGACGAAAACGAAGCUCCGAAUAAGGCCGAUAAUCUUGAUAAGGUUGUAUUAUUUUGCGGUAUUUUCAAGUGCUUGCUCACCUUUUCUUCUUUGUUUCAUACGCGUACCGCUCCAGGAAACGGUGAGCUAAAGCGUUACCCAUGUUUCGGUUACAAUCUAGCGCGUACGCAUCGGUUUGAUAUCAAUUCUGACCAUAAUGGUGGCGGGAGAGUUGCUCCAAGAGCAGCACGUUCUGCCCGACAGUACACCUGACGGGAGUGUCACUGUCUGCGAGACGCCGGUUGUAGGAAACACGGAGGACAACGGCUACAAGGCGCUUUCCAAUGGAUCCGUUCAUUUAACUGUAGAUUCGAAGGUGCUGGAGCAAGAGCUUCCACCACCGGAUGAGAAAGAAGCGAUGCUACCCGGCGAACAGAAUAAACCUCUGGAAACCAGACUGUAUUGGAGGAGGUUCGCGGUACUGGCGGUGUUCAGCCUCUAUUCGCUCGUCAACGCCUUUCAGUGGAUCCAGUACAGCAUCAUCACCAACAUAUUCAUGGACUAUUAUAAUGUAUCAAACCUGAUGAUUGACUGGCUGUCCGUGGUUUAUAUGGUCGCGUAUGUGCCUUUGAUCUUCCCUGCUACGUGGCUGUUGGAUAAGAAAGGGCUGAGGUUGACAGUGUUACUGGGCGCCGGGCUGAACGCGGUGGGCGCGUGGGUGAAAUGUGCCAGUGUGGGGCCCAACCUUUUUUGGGUUACCAUGACGGCACAGAUCAUAUGUUCGGUGGCACAGGUGUUCAUUCUCGGUCUGCCCUCCAGAAUCGCGUCCGUUUGGUUCGGGCCCAGUGAAGUUUCCACGGCGUGUGCCACAGCUGUGUUGGGCAAUCAGCUUGGUGUAGCCAUUGGUUUCUUGUUGCCACCUGUCUUGGUUCCCAAUACUGCAGACGACAAAGAGCUCAUGGGCCACAACAUCAGUAUAAUGUUUUAUGGGACAGCCGGAGUGUCAACUCUGCUGUUUUUUUUAACAGCAUUUGUCAUUAGGGACAGACCUCCACUGCCACCCAGCAAGGCUCAAGCUGUUCUGUCCACGAGCCCAGCUGAAGAUUAUUCUUAUAAGAAAUCCAUCAUCAACCUCUUCAAGAACAAGCCCUUCAUUUUGCUCCUCAUCACGUAUGGCAUUAUGACGGGAUCAUUCUACUCUGUAUCUACGCUUCUCAAUCAAAUGAUAAUCACUUACUAUCCAAAGCAGGAGUUAAAUGCAGGAAGAAUUGGCUUGACUUUGGUAGUGGCUGGAAUGGUGGGCUCCAUACUCUGUGGACUCUGGCUGGAUCGUACUAAAAUGUACAAAAUGACAACAUUUAUUGUCUACUUUUUGUCCUUCACUGGAAUGCUGGUGUUCACAUUCACUCUGAACUCGGAACAUCUGCCCGUGGUCUUCUUCACCUCUGGAGUCAUGGGGUUUUUCAUGACCGGUUAUCUUCCCAUUGGCUUUGAAUUUGGUGUCGAAAUCACAUACCCGGAGUCGGAGGGCACGUCCUCUGGUCUUCUGAACGCAUUUGCACAGGUGUUUGGCAUCACUUUUACUCUCAUUCAAGGACAACUCACCACAGUGUACAACCCACUCAUCGGAAACAUUUUCUUGUGUGCUUGGACCUUUCUGGGCAUCAUUUUAACAGCUUUGAUUAAAUCAGACCUCAAAAGACACGACGUCAACAUGGGCAACAUUAACAAAGGCCAAGCAGUGCCCACUUUACCGCCAGAUGAGAAGGAAUCCAGUGCUGUCAAACAAGAAUCCUCCAGCAUACCUCACAAGAUCUCGAUAUAAAUGUUUAUAAACGUCACAUGAAACAUCACAAUAACAGAUUAUGGACUCUGCUGAGACUACUUGAAAUUUUAUUUUUGCUGUAAUGUAAUAAUGGUCAGUAAUGUACAAUUUUAAGUGAACAUUUCAAGAACUGUGGACCAAAUAUGGGAUGCUGAACAGGGCUGGUAAUGCCCAUAUGCACCAUCCUGUUUGUGUGUUAAAAACAGCACAGUACAUUAUAUAUCCAUGUGUGUUCUCUUUGUUUCAAAGGACCAGUCUGAAUGUGCCAAUGCGGAGAUCUGUUGUUCAUUUCUAAUUAGGGCUGUCACGAUUAUUUAAUAAUCGUCUCAUCGCGAUUGUUUGACCUCAUCGCGAUGGUUUCAGAUCAUCGCGAUUAUUGCACAUCUCUAUAGAAGACACUAGGGGGAGCUGUAGUGCCUGCAUAUUGCAUAUUUUAGUGUAUAUAUUGUUACUUAAGCAUGGUAAUACUUGUAAAAUGUACCACCACAACACAAUCACUUAAAAAAAAAACUAAAACAUAUACAAAUUACCUGCAGUACAAUUUGAUAUUAUUUAAGCAAAUCUCAGUUUGAAAACCAGUCUACCAAAAUUUCACUAACACACAAGUUAAAUUUUAUUGUAGUCUUGCAAGUGAGAAAAAAAACAGACUAGGAGCUUUUCUAUGACUGAUAGUAUUUUAAUGGUGGCUUCAAUUCACACCUGAUCAAGUAUUUGGUGGUUGUAUUAUUGACAGGUAAAAGCCUAAACCUUAAAUAUAUGAUGACCCAAUUUUUUCCGAUGUAUUUCCAAGAAAAAAACAUAGUCUUGUAUUCAGAACAAUAUGGUCGUUUCAAUCGCUGAAUCAAAAAUGCAUGAGAAUUAAAUGUCAAAGCUCAAAAACAGACAAUUAAUCGUCAAAGCCCCAAAACAGACAAUAAAUCGCCAUAAUUGCAAUGAUUUAUUAGACAAUUAAUCAUCAAUCAAAUUUCAUAAUCGUGACAGCCCUAUUUCUAAUAUCUACAAUUGCAUCAGAACACAUCUGCUAGUAACAUUUCUAGUCUAGGUUGCUAUGAAAGCUCAACUGAAAAUGCUGCACAGUGCAGUGCAUGGAAGAGCUUACUAGUGAAGGAGGAAAUCAUCCAUCACCACAACUGCUUAUGCUACUAAACUACUUUCAAGGUGUUUCAUUGCAGUAAUGCAUUCACAUCUUGUUUUCCUACCAAUAACAAAGACCAGGAUCACAAUACUGGUCUUACUGGUUUAAAUAUAGCACAAAUCAACCCAUAUGCGCGAGAGUUUAAAGAAUGUGUUCUCUAUAAAAAAAGAAAGUAACUUGUUUAAGUGUAUGAUAGUGGUUUCUUUUACGUGUGGUAGAAAAAAAGCACUCUGGUUAUUUUAUUUUGAAACAUUUGAUAACCUUUGCUUUCUAUGACUUCAUUUUUGUAUUUAAAAUGCAUAUUUAUUAGGAAAUGCCUUUUUUUUCGUUAUAGUCUUUUUAUAUUUAGUAAUUUUUGGUUUGAAUUUCUACUGUUUCUGUACAGAAGCAGCUGUGUAACUGAUUGUCACAAAGGAUGCUGGGAAAUACAUACAAGUACAAAAACUCCUUGUAUUGAACAUUAAUGGAGGAAAACAGUGGUUCUCAUUUUGAAUUGUAAACCUCUAGCGCCCUCUUGUGAUCACACAGAACAAAUAAAGAUUUAAUUUCAGCCAUUCAA